AUGUCAACUUAUUUGAAUCAAUAUACGCAUAUACCACCAAAUUAUCCUAAAUUAUCCGGGCGCUAUCAUAAACGUUCCAAUAGCGCCGAAUCAUAUCGCUUACAGCGAACAUCAUCAUCGUUAUCAUCAUUAUCAGCAUUAUCAUCCCUAUCAUAUUCUCGAAAAUUUUCCACGAUGAAUUCUUAUCGUCAACAGUACUCAUCAUUAUCAUCCAGUUAUCAUCAAGAUGUAACACAUCCGAAAAGUAAUAUUGGAUUAUCGAAUAGAUAUGGAAGCAUUGAUCGUUUAUCAUCAAUGAAUCAUCGAACAUAUAAUAAUUUCACUUCAAAUACAUUUACUCCAAAACGGAGCACAAGUUAUGGUUCAGGAACAAAAUUAAAUGAUAUCGGAGGUGUAUCAUCAUCAUUACGCCGUUAUGAUAAUGAUUAUAAUUCAGUAUAUGAAAGACGAACAUCUUAUACGCCAAGUCACUAUUCCACGUCCGGUUAUGCGUCAUCAUCGUACGGAACGUUGCCACGUAAUAAUCGUUCGCAAACUCCAAGUUAUAUUGGACGAGAGCGAAAUUAUGCAUUAAAUCGAGAAUACAAAUCAACGUUACGUUUUUCUACCGAUAGAGAACAUUCUCAAUCAGAUGAUAAUGUCAAGCAACGAUUGGAGAAAUUUUACAAUCGAUAUCCAAAAGAUCACGAAAUAUCAAAUAAUCAUUUAAUAAAUGAUAGUAAAUUUUCUGCUAAUGAUGACGAAGGUGACGAGAAAUUUUCAGCUAAUGAAAUUUUUGAAUUAAAAGAUAUUUUGCGUGGCAUUGCUAAACUUAAUGAGCAAGACGUAUCAGAGGAUAAUAAAUUGAAAAAAGUAGUUUGUUCGAAUGAAAAUGAAAUAAUAUCGAUGGAAAAUGCUUCAAAUUCUAUUCCAAUACUAAAAGAAAAUGCUAAUCAAAUAGAUUCGUCAUCGUUAAUUGCUAAUCAAAAUGAUGCAGAAAUUUCAACAGUUCCAAUCAAUAAUGAAAAUUUUGUCAUUAAAUCGAAUGAAACCGAAUUGAAAUGUGACAACGAUGUUACGGAAAUUGUGGAAUUACCAUUAUUUAAAGGAUUAGAUGAUCAAAGAUUAGAAUGUGUUAGUGAUCAACAAUAUAUGGCUGAUAACAAUAUUCAAAGUAUGAAGAAAACCGGAACAAUUCUUGAACCGGAAAAUGAAAUGGAUGACGAACAAUUAGAAGAAGAGGAGGAAGAAGGGGGAGAGAGAGAAAAGGAGAAGGAGGAAGAAGAAAAAGCAAAAGAGGAAAAAAAGGAAGUCGAAAACAAACAAAAUAUAAUUAAUCGAAAGCCGCCAUUAUUGCUUAUUACACAACCAUCAGCACAAAAUUCACCAAAUCAUCUUACCACGGAAUUUACAUUUGAUGAUAAUAUCAAUUUUGGUAUCAUGAAAAACAAUGAUAUUAAUGAUGAUAAUGAUGACGAUGACGACGGUGAUGAUAGUGAUGAUGAUAAUGAUGACAGUGAUGCUGCUGAUGAUGAUGAUGAUAAUGAUGACAGUGAUGCUGCUGAUGAUGAUGAUGAUAAUGACGAUAGUGAUGAUGGAAAUGUAAUAAUAUUGAAUGCGCAAAAGGAUAAUAUUGAAAAUGAUGUGUCCGUUUCGGAAACAAUCGAAUUGCAACCGGAUGCUAGCAAAACGGAAGGAAAGCCAAGAGGUGAUCUUUAUCCAGUUUCAUUAUCGGAAAGUCGAAAACGUUUUAUUUCACCAAUUCCAUACUAUGAAAAUGAUUUUAACGAAGAAUUUAUUGUUGAAGUACCAACAAGAAAUAAUGAUAAUCGAGGACGUGUUUCGGAAAUUAUGGCAGUACCAGCACCAGUGCUAACAACAUCAGUUAGCUAUGAUGGCACGGAUGAUUGGGAUUCAACACAGGAAGAAUCGGUGGAAUCGUUAUCAGAUUAUGAAGAUAUUGAUGAUUUUAACUCUGAAGAACGUCAUUCAAGAAAUAGAGAUGAUUUGGAAAAUGAUGAUUAUCGUCCAACAUCGUCAGGUUUUGGUGUUUAUUUCAGUCCGAUUUCUUCACCUAUCGAUGACUAUGAUGAUAUACAGUAUCGAGAUAAUAUUGAUGUUGGUUUUACACUAAAACUUGUUCAAAAAGCAGCAUUAAAGGAGACAAAUGAAGACGAUUCAUUGUCAUCUAGUGAAUUUUACGAUGAUUCGGAGUAUGAAGAAGAAUUAUGUAGAAGCGAUGAAAAUGAUGAUGAUGAUGUUGAUGACGAUGAUAAUAGUGAUGAUAAUGAUAAUGAUAAUGAUAAUGAUACUACUGAAUAUACGGAUGAUGAAGAGGAACUAGAUGAUGAUACAUCGGAAGAUUUGUGUAUAACUGAAAAUAUUUCAAUUGAACCAUUAGAAUCUGCUGCAAUUGAUAGCAUUUCAUCAAUUUCAAUUCCACCUCUGGUAUCUGCAUCAAUGCAAGAAGAUGAUAAUAUUGAAAUUGACGAAAUCUGCGACGAAAUAUUCGAUCAAUCGUUUUUGGUACCAGUGGAAAUAUUAUCAAAUGUAAAAGAGAUUGAAAUGGAACAAAAUAAACCACCGGAAAAACGUCGUGAAAUAACGUAUGCACAAGAAAUUGAUUUGCAACAAAAUGCUGAAAAAGCAUCGAAAUUUUCUAUCAAAAAAAUUGGUAAAGAUGAAGCGAUGGAGCAAAUAGCUGAAGGUGCAACUGAAAUAGCAAUUCGAAAAAUGACACCACAACAUGUGAUACCAAUUGAGGAAAAUAUUGAAAUAAUUGAAAUUAAUGAAUUGAAAAUUCAAAUGCCUGAACAAAUUAAUAUAAUUGUUGAGGAAAAUAAAAAUGAAAAAGGAAUUAAUCAAAUUGAAGUAGUGCCAACAUAUGUUUGGCCAACAAUCGAGAAUUAUCCUACUGAUAGUGCUCGAACAUUUAUUGAACGAAAGCCAUGCACUGAUUGGGCUAAGAAAGCAAUCAUUUUAUCACCAAAAUUUGAAACUGCAAAAAUACAACAAACACAAAUUCAUUUUGAUAAAGAAAUAUUAACAAUAAAUGAUACAACAACAAAAUCACAUACCGAUACACCAACAAAUUGUACAAAUAAAACAGCCAGUACUGGAUCUUCUAGGCCAACAUCUGCACUCUCAACUGUUUCAUCAAAUUCAGGCCAAAAAGAGGAUAAAUCAUUACUUCGAAAAUCAGUUAUUAAUAUGGCUAAAGAUGAUGCAAUAAAAGCUAAUGCAUUACAACAGGAAAAAUCAAAACAAAAUGCUAGAAGAUUUGGAAUUGUUAAUGCAUUAAGUGCAAAAUUCAAUUCACAAGAAAGUAAAUCAGAUGCAUAUACAUAUAAACGUUCACAAAUGUUAGCAAAGAAAGAUGAAGAAAGACCAAAACGUAUUUAUGCACCAAUUAUCAAACCAAUUAUAAAUGAUAAUUUUGAUAAACAAAUUGAAGAAAUUCGUUUGAAAAUGAAAACAGGUAGUAAAAUGUUAAGUUCACAAUUUACUGAAUUAAAAAAAGGUAUUGCAAUGGUAGCUGAUGAUGCAAGACGAGCAAUUCUUGAACAUAAACAUCAGCAAUUACUAACUGAAGCAGAUCAAACAUUUGGAAAAAUAGGUGAUGAUUUUCAAAAAUGGAAAGAGAAUCGAAUAAUUGAACAUCAAAAAGAAUUGAAAAAACAAGAAGAAAAAUUGCAUCGUGAAAAAGAAACAAAAAUGGAAAAAAUACAAAAUGAUUCAAUUAUGGCGCAAACAGUAAAUGAACCAAAAAAGACAGUACGACGAUUAAGAUCAUCACAACAAGUUGAAAUGGCAAAUAAUCUGCCAAAUUUUGCUACAAAAUGUAAAACGAUAAAUUCAGGAAAAAAUUCCUCAUCGGAUGCACAAAUGAAGAUGAUGAUAAAGAAAAAUGUUGAAACAACAGAAGAAAAUACACCUGAAAAUGGUAUAACAACCACAAAGCAUCAAUUAUCAACAAUGAACAAUUGUGUUAUCAUAUCAUCGUCAAAUGCUUGUGAUAAUUCCACAUCAAAUGCAAAACUGGAUUCUACGAUGUCAAAAGAAAGAAAGAUAUUAGGAAGUACUGAAAAUCGAGAAAUUCGAAAAUAUGGUACUAGAAAUAAAACACAGGAAUUGAUGAAUUUUGCUAAUGAAAAUGAAAUAAAUGAUGAAGAGCUUAAAAUACAUCGACAGAAUUGCAUACAUCGACGUAAUCGUUACAUUCGAAAACCAUUUGAUAUUGAUAUUUUACUUGGUUAUGAUAAAGAAAAUAGCUUUGAACAAUUUGAGGCACGCUUUGCUGCAUCAGGGCGUGAUAAAAGAGCAAUAACUGAUAAGAAUGAUAAGAAAGCUAAGAGACGACGAAAAGAAAGCAAGAAAAUUUGGAUUAGCGAAUUAAGAGAUAUUGAUAAGAUUUAUAGAACAUCCGAAUUACGCGAUAUAAUUAAUUCAGUGCGAAUUUAA